GAAUCUGGGCUGCAUAUGACGUUGAUAUUUUUCCUCUUCGCGAGUCUCUCUCAGCUGUGCAGUACAAUUCACGGCUCACUUAGUAGUGUGCCAUGAUAUACGUCACUCAAGGAUCUCAUAAUGUACCCAAAAUUAAAAACAUGUUGCCAGACAGUAUGUUGCAUCUCCCAGCAGCACCUAACGGCCAUCCUGGCCUUCUUCUCGAUUGUGAACCAAUACACGAUGCGGGUAAGUUUGAACCUGGCCAUUACGGAAAUGACGACCGGUCCAAGUCCCAAGAAUGAAACAAACGCCAAUGGCACAAUUGAAGAGAUUGUGCGAAGUCCUUGCGGGGUGUUCAAGAUAAUUCGUCAAAUUACCCGACUGGACGAUGAUGACCUGUUCGAUUGGGACGAGCACACUCAGGGCAUCAUUCUGUCCUCGUUCUUCUGGGGCUACGUGGUGGCGCACUUUGGCAGUGCCUUCAUCGCCGAUAAGUAUCCGAGGACAUUGCUGGGCUUGAGCGUCCUGAUCACGGCAAUUCUGACACUGUUAACUCCUUUGGCAGUAGAUUUGGGGGGAGCACCAGCUUUGAUCGUGGCUCGAGCUAUCGAAGGUUUCGGAGAGGGAGCCACGUUUCCGGUGUUGAGCGCCAUCAUUGCCCAGUGGAUUCCUCCGCAGCAGCGUGGAAUGCUCGGUUCGUUCAUAUUCAGUGGAGGACAAAUUGGAUCAUUGUUCGGCGGAAUAGGAACGGGAUACAUCAUCGCGGAACUUCACAGCUGGAGAUUGGUGUUUUACGUUUGGGGUGGUUUGGCAGUUGUUUGGUACGUUAUCUGGGAAUUUUUAGGGUUUGACAGUCCGGAGCACCAUCCUUUUAUCACGGAUAAGGAGAAGCAAUCGCUGAUGGAGAGGUUCAAAGAUGCUAAGAAGCGAAAGGAUAUGGGUCCGAUUCCGUGGAAGCAGAUUUGCGGUAGUCUGCCAUUUUGGGCGUUGGUGGCUGGUCAGGUUGGUCACGACUGGGGCUUCUAUCUGGUGGCAACCGACUUACCCAAGUACAUGAAAAGCAUCCUGGGACUCUCAGUGAAGGACAACGGACUAAUCAGCUUCUUUCCUUUCCUAUCGAUGUGGAUAUUCUCGGUUCUGACGGGGUGGAUCUGCGAUGUGCAGAUCAGGAAAAAGUGCACAUCUCAAACCGUUGCUCGCAAGAUAUGGACCACGAUUGGGUCACUUCCACCGGCUGUGCUGCUUCUUGCGGCAUCUUACGCCGGAUGUAACAAAGCUCUUGUGAUUGCAUAUUUUGCUCUGUCGGUGACACUGAUGGGAGGAUUCUAUCCGGGAAUUAAGGUCAACGUCAACGAUCUGAGUCCGAACUAUGCUGGAUUUCUGAUGGCGAUAGUGAAUGGGCUUGGUGCGAUUACGGGAAUCAUUGUCCCUUAUACGGUUGGAUUGAUGACACCAAAUCAAACGCUCAGUGAAUGGCGUACCGUAUUUUGGGUCGCUUUCUGGGUCCUCAAUGUCACGAAUGUCAUCUACAUCCUGUUCGGAUCAGGAAAAAUUCAGUCAUGGAACGAUCUUUCGGACGAAUCCGAUGAUAACCAAGCCUCAACGUGACUUCUGUAAUAAAAAAAUCGAAAUAUAAGUUAUUUUCUGUUAA